AUGUCUAUCGUCUUCGAUUCCCUCCCUCUCCCACCACCCAUGUCUGAAUUUGGUGAGCCCUUCUAUCGCUCUGUUGAGCAGGCUAUUGAGGCUAUCAACAUACAUCCCCAACCCCAGGGCUUCGCAGUCUCGACGCGAGGCUCCCAUCCGAAUCGGGUACGAAUCCACUGCGCCCGAAGCAGAGGUUACAAAGCCCAAAAAACCACCAAUCGUCACUCGACUACCCGGUCAACCGAGUGCCCAUAUCGUGCCGUUCUCCACCGACGACCCGAUCCCGAUGACGGACCCAUAGCAACCACGGGCUUUGGGAUAUCGAGGUGGUUGAGAGCCGCCAUAACCAUGAUCGACAACCCGGAUCUGCUUUCGCUAUCCACCAAACAAGACAGAUCGAGCGGUAUAGGUCCCAAAUCAUUGCUGGAAUCCAUCAAGGCUGCUCGCCGUCUGUCAUAA